GGGUGGGGUGGUGAUGUGUGAGUAGUAGCGGGUCCUCUCUCGCCUCUAUGUUGCGGGCAGCCUAGUGGCAGAUCGCUACAAUCCUGGAGGGAGCCGGGUCGAGUGAGCUAUUGGGGUUCCCAUACAUAAUAACGGGGACAAACAGACAGACACAAAAGACACACAGGCGGAUGGACGGAGAUAGGCAAGUGUUCCGAGAAAACGCGAGACCAUAACUGGAAUCUAUACGCUGUCGUAUUGCCGUUGUUUUGUGUUUUAGCCUAUAUAUAUUGUUUGAAUUAUUUAUUUACUCGCUGUGUUCCUUCCUUUAUUUAUUUAUUUAUUUCUCUAUCGAUUGAUUGCGUUUUAAUUACUGCCCCGUGACAGCGAGCGAGGGAGGAGGAGCGUCAGGGCCAAGCGCGCGCGUUGUGUUUGAGUGUGCGUGCGCGCCCGCCCGCCCGUGCAGCCUUUGCCCCGCUUGUUUAUUUAUUUGUUGGUGAUCGCCUUUAAUGAGGCCGUUGUCAAUGUGCUCGCGACGCGCACCGCUGCCGUGCCCGAGCGGAUGAAUGUAGCCUUCUGCGCGCAGGAGACAGGAGCUAGAGACCAAAUACAAUAGAUCAAACCAAAUACAACAGAAAUCCAAAUAAGACUUUCUAACUCUGCUGGCCUUUUACACUGUCUGCAUCAUCAUUUAUUGUGCUCUUUUAAAUUGCAAAGCGAAUAACCAAAGCUAGAGCCCGGUCGGGGAUGCUAUACAGGAGGAGGCUAGCGACUGUUCUCAUGCCUUUUUUUCACACCUACAGGAAACAUUAGUGGCGAGGAGGGGUGAGUAGGAUAAAAUAAGCUCCCGGGCCUCUGUGUUUACUCCAAGAGAAAAGCUUUAGCUGUGCAAAAAAAGUGCAUCAACGACAUGCAGGUGACACUCGGCCUUUAAUUAUAAAACCACUACAACAGGCCUGUCAUUGUAUCACAACUUUUCCUGCAGCCUGUAAGAAGUGGGCUCGGAUCCGUCUGUCUCCCUCUCCGUCCGUCUGUGUGUUCGUCUGGACUGUAGGCUGUAUCACUAACUGCUGCACUCGAGGGGACCAUCCCACACAUGUAUGUUCUAUGCACAUUUACACCAAAACUAAUGCCGGCCACCAGUCGACGUCCGCAAAUGUAAAUAAAAAAGGCGCAGCCGGGCUCCAUGUGCACACACCCAGCGGCGAAUGUUGAGCUCUCCGUACCAAAUAUUUCCCCAAAGCUGUCGACCAGAGAAACGGACGAAGACACGGAAGCUCCAGAACAAGACCGAGCUUAUUACAGCACUUCUGUAAAAAAAAUAUUUGCCAUCAAAACCUGAAGCCGGAGGAAGACCAUGUUUGUUCCCUUGCCGGUGCCGUUCGUGUUUCAGAGAACUGCCCCUGACCUCAACGCCUGGCGUCUCAAGUCCCCUCUGACUCUGCGCUCCAACUCCGAUAUCAGGAUGUCAAAGCCAGUAGAAAUCGAGAAAAUAGGGGCUGACUCACCGAUGGAGGCUACAGAUUCAGAGCGGAAUGGACCUGAAUCAAAUCACCAGGCUCAGUCGAUGAAAGUCAAUCCCUUUCCCCUUUCACCGUCCCUGAGCAGCAACAAGAAUAAGAUGGAGGAGUGCGGUGAGAUGUCCCCGGCUCUUCCUCUCUCUCACGGCCCGACCCCCUCACAGACGGCCCUGCAGCACACACAGCUCAUGCUGACCGGCUCCCAACUAGCAGGGUUGACGGCUCUGUUGCCAGCACAGCAGCAGAUGUUGCUGCAGCAGGCUCAGGCGCAGCUCUUGGCCGCAGCUGUGCAGCAGUCCAGUGCAGCCCACGCCGCUCAUGCUGCCCACGCAGCCGCCCAAGCCAAUCAGCAAGCUCAGGCAGCCGCAGCAAAUCAGCAAGCCCAGCAGCAGCACCAGCAGCAGCAGGCGGGACAAACAGGGCAGCAGGCACAGUCCCAGGGACAGGGACAGGGCACACAGGAACAGACAGGCCAGAGUGUCCCGCCUCCUCCUCCGCAGCUCACCCUCUCCCAGCCAAUCCAGCUCACCGCCCAGGACAUCCAGCAGCUGCUGCAGCUUCAGCAGUUGGUGUUGGUGCCCGGCCACUCGCUCCCGCCCUCCGCCCAGUUCCUCCUCCCACAGGCGCAGCAGGGUCAGCAAGGACUCUUAUCGACACCAAAUCUCAUUUCGCUACCUCAGCAAAACCAAGGGGGCCUGCUGUCUGCUUCAAAUAGAAUGGGACUCCAAGCACAUCGAGAUAAGUGCGUGGAGGUGAGCGGUGUGACCACGGUGCCCUCGGUGACCUCUCACCCCGAGGAGCCAAGUGACCUGGAGGAGCUGGAACAGUUCGCCCGCACUUUCAAACAGAGACGCAUCAAACUGGGCUUCACACAGGGAGAUGUUGGUUUGGCAAUGGGGAAGCUGUAUGGCAACGACUUCAGUCAGACCACAAUCUCUCGCUUUGAAGCCCUCAACCUGAGCUUUAAGAACAUGUGCAAGCUGAAGCCACUGCUGGAGAAGUGGCUCAAUGAUGCAGAGACCAUGUCCAUAGACUGUACCUUGCCCAGCCCCAGCUCCCUGUCCUCUUCCUCCAUGGGCUUUGACGGGCUUCCUGGUCGCCGCAGAAAGAAGAGAACCAGCAUCGAAACGAAUGUACGCGUUGCCCUGGAACGCGCAUUCAUGACGAACCAGAAGCCUACCUCAGAGGAGAUCCUGCUGAUCGCAGAGCAGCUCAACAUGGAGAAGGAGGUGAUCCGAGUCUGGUUCUGCAACCGCCGGCAGAAGGAGAAACGCAUCAAUCCCUCCAGUGCCACCCCUCCCCUGCCCAGCCAGCCCCCCACUGCCCAACCAGCGCACAAACCGCCCUGCUACAGCCCUCACAUGAUGUCCAGCCAGCUGUCGCAGGCCGUGACCAGUCUCAGCACAACAGUGACCACCAUGUCGCCUGUCUGCCCCCUGACUUCCAGCCUCACCUCCACCCACCCCUCCCUCAGCUCCGCACCAUCCCCAGUGACUCCUCCUCCUCCUCCCCGCAGCACGGCCAGCCCAGCCACUCCCAGCCACAGCACACUCAACCUCAACACAGGCUUAUGGCGUAUGGGUAAAAAGAACGGUGACGUGUCUAACUACAUCACCGAUUUUGCUGCAAACUUGAGGAACACUGUGAUGGGAGUUAACACAGGGAUGAACCAAGCCCUCCUCGGUAAUAAUCCCCUGGCCACUAUCCAAGCCCUAGCAGCCAGUGGUGGCCAGCUGCCUCUUUCCAGUCUUGAGGGGGCCAGUAAGAUGUUACUGGGGAGCUCUGGGGGCCAGGGAGGGUGCCUCGCCUCCUCCCUCUUCCUCAACCACCCCGCCUUCCUCCACAUGGGCCAGAACCCCGGUGCUGGACUGAUCAGCGCUGCCCUGGCCAAGGCCUCCCAGGCCUCCCACUUCCCCUCUGCUAGCAGCAUAAGCCCCACCCCCUGCUCCCCCUCCCCCUGCUCUAGCCCCGCCUCUUCCUGCUCCUCCAGCGAAAUGGCACACAGCCCACCCUCUCUGGGCGGAGCCAAGAUUGAGUGACUGCGCCCUGGGCCAAUCAGAGAGGGGGAGGAAGGAGGCAACAAGAACCUCGCCUUUCACACCAAAGCUAUCUCUUUCUCUCUCUUGCGCCCUUCUUCCGUUAUUUUUUUUCGCUCUGGCUCUCUCUCUCUUUCUCUCCCAGUCUUUCGAUGCCAAAAAUACACAGAAUGAAAGAGGAGAGAGGGAGAGAAAGAAGUGAAAGAGGGAAGAAGGGGUUUGGGGAGAAGGGGAAGAUUGAAACCAAAAAUCUUUAUCUAUCCAAAUAGAUGGAGAGGAGGCAACGUGGGACCUUUUUAUCAAUAACCCGUGAUAUCUACAUGGCAUCUCUCCAUUCCGUCUCUCUAAAGGAAAACAUGCCAAUGACUCUUUAGCAAAGACACGGAAGAGAAACAUGUUGAAGUGCAUAAACCAAAAAUGACAAAAGAUAACUUUAUUAUGUGACAGAGGAAUGGCAGCAAGGACAAAGAAAAUGGAGUGAACUGUGCUUACGUUUUCUCUUUUUUAAAAUAUUUUGAAAAGCUGCGGGUCUGAAGGAAGAUGAGUCGAGAGGAUGAGUUUAAACCAAAAAUUUACACGAAGAGGAGGUGGAGGAGGAAUACACAAUGACAAAAAAAAAAAACGACAACCAUACCAAAAUCCCAAAUACCAAAAACCAAAAAUACGGAGUGAAAAGCUUUAUUCAAAGGACGUGUAAAUAUUGAAGCUAUCCAGGACCAGGACUCUACGGCUACUGCUACUCACACACACACACACACACACACAUCAAGAGCCAAUCCAUCCCGUCAUCGACUCAUCCUGUCUGUGUCCGCCCAUGUGUCUCUUAUAGCUUUUCGUGUUCGACAUGUUAAAAAUGUUUGUUAAAGAUUGUUACCAAACCAGCCAGGAGCUUAUGUAUGAAUGAUUGACACUGUCUCUUUACCUACUUCUGGUUCUAAGAGCAUAGGAUCGCUUUCCUCUCCACUUGUAAUUUAACAAGUCAAUGACAGAGGCUUGUUUUUCAGUACCUGUUUUUUAAUUUUUUGAGAAGUAACGUUUGGAUUUGUUUUUUAAUGAUCUAUUAGUAACAUUUGAUACUCCUAUUUAUUGAUUUUUUUAGCUUCUGGGGCUCACUUCAUCUGUGUUGUCAUCAUUGUCUUCAUAAUAUGCAUUUUUGUCAUCCAUUUCCAUUUUAUUUUAGUUUUUACUGUGACUUUUCUGCGAGAGCAGCAAUGACGUAGGUGAAAAAGAUGUUUACCAAGUGCCAUAGAUCCAAAAUAGAGUUGGCAUGCAUGCAAGUAACACAUUUUGCUAUUAAUCAGACCACUUUCCUCCCUGUUAUGGAUAACCCAUUAUCAGUGACUCCAUGGCUAAAUGAACAUGCCCUAGAAAACUUGACGUACUGAAAAUGGCGCUUGUAGUAUGAAAUAGGGCUGCGAUUGGAGAUUUAAAGAAAUAACCGUUAAGGCUGAAGGCUAAAUAACUCAAUAAAGCCAACUUUAGUCACA